AGUACCUGAUUUGAAUGCAGGGUUUUCCAUUCCUUUUGUAACUUUUCAACUUCUUUACAUGAAAAUCCCUCCAAGAAAACCUCAUUUUUUAAAACCUAUUUUGCCAGGUUUUAAGCAACAAAUUACAAUUCCUGUAGGUUUCUUCAAGUAUUUGAAGGGACAGACGAAUGAAUAUGCAUUGCUAAGACGGGCAAGUAAGAAGUGGUCCGUGAAGGUGAAUGGCCGGCGACUGGAAGAUGGUUGGGAAGAGUUUGUAAAGGACCAUGAUUUACAAUUGGGAAAUAUUUUGAUAUUCAGACAUGAAGGAGACAUGGAAUUUGAGGUCGCCGUCUUUGAUUCAAGUUGUUGUGAGAGAGAAUAUGAACAAGGAGUUCAUGGAAGAGAAGAAGAAAAAGUGUGUAUUGUUGAAGAGUCUUCCAAGAAAUUGGAAUUCAAAGAAAAACCAAAGCCCAACAUCAAGAAAUCAGGCAAGGGUUUCUCCAAUGUAAAAGCUGCUUAUAAGGACAUGCAUCUCAGUCGCUCUCAUUUCAUUUGUACAAUUAGACCAUAUUGCCUUUCAAAGUAUUGUCUGUGUAUUCCAAAACAAUUUGCACAAGAAAACAGACUCAUCGACAGGAGAUGUGAGAUAAUUGUAAGGGAUGAGCAACGAUCAUGGACGUUAGGUGUGCAUACAAGCGGCAAAAACACCUUCAUUGGAAGUGGAUGGCAUGAAUUUUGCCGUACAAAAUGCUUUGAGGAAGGAGAUAUCUUAAUGUUUGAGAUAGUUUCCAAUGGAGAAACACCUAUCUUCAGAUUUCAUGAUUUGAGAGAAAGCCCGUUUCUUCAGGCUGAAGUAAAGAAGAAAGAUUUGGAUGCUGAAAGAAUGUCAGAUAAAGCAAUAACAGAUGCUAUGCUUGAGACCUCGGACGUGAGAACCCCUAAAUCACAAGAAGCUGCUGAUGCCAACCCUCAUUUUAUAUCUACUAUUAAACCUUACACCCUCAGAUUUCCUGUUUUGUAUCUUCCAAUCGCUUUUGCAAAAUCAAAUGGCUUGCUGGAUAAACGCGAGUUGAUUAUCAUGGAUGAAAAACGGAGAUCAUGGUCAAUGUGCCUUGGGCAAAUUGACAAGCAGCACUUUGGAAUUAAAAAGGGAUGGCGAAAGUUCAUACAAGCCAACAGUGUUCAAGUAGGAGAAACUUACAAGUUUGAACUCAUCAACAAUGGCAAAAUACCUAUAGUUCAUUUCCAUUGUAAAUAUGAAACAGUUGGAAGGGAAUUUUUGUUGACUGCCAUGAAAAUAGCUUCAAAGAAACCUCAUUUUUUCAAACCAAUUCAGCCAGGUUACAAGCAUGGUAUUAAAAUCCCUAUAGGUUUCUUGAAGUAUUUAAAGGGACUCAACCAUAUUAAACAUGCAAUACUGAGAAGUAGAGGUAAAAAGUGGCUGGUGAAGGUGAACGGCUGGCGAUUAGAAGAGGGUUGGGGAAAGUUUGCUAAGGAGAAUGAUUUGCGAUUGGGAGAUUUGUUGAUUUUCAAACAUGAAGGAGACAUGGAAUUUGAAGUUUCCAUCUUUGUUCAAGUCAUUGCGACAGAGUAUGCAGAGUAUCUGCAGGAAGAAGAGGGCAAUAAUGUUGAAGAGACUUCGAAGAAAGUGGAAAAAGAAGCUGCUACUCACAGCUCGUGGGGUCAAUCUCAUUUUGAGUGCAUUGUUAGACCAUAUUCCGUUUCAAAGGGUUUCUUGCAAAGUAUGAAGCAUAUCAUAUAUGCAAAUUGUUAUAAAUCAUUUCAGCGCCUUCCUAAACAAUUUGCAAUGGAAAACGGUCUCUUCAACAAGAAAUGUGGUCUGAUUAUCAGAGACGAAAGACAAAGAUCGUGGAAUUUAAGGCUUGUUACCUAUGAUUCAAGUGUCCGUGUAUUUGGUGGAUGGAGUGACUUCUGCGCUGUGAAUAACUUGAAGGAGGGAGAUUAUAUGAUGUUUGAGGUCGUUGCUAAUGGAGAAAAACCUAUAUGGAAAUUUCACUGUAAGUUUAAGCAACAUCUAAAGAGCUACAUUAAUAUUGCAAAUAUCAUGUGCAUAAUGAUUGUGAUGUUUCUUUUUUCUUCUUUUCUUGGUUACUUCAAAACAAUAACAUAUCUUAGGCAUAAGACGUUGGACAUGACUACUCCGAUAUCGCAAACACCAGCUUCAACAUCUGCUGCUGCCAACCCUCAUUUUAUAUCCACUAUCAAACGUUACACCUUCACAAAAGCUAUUUUGUAUUUUCCGAUGCGUUUUGUGAAAUCAAAUGGCUUGAUGAGUAGAUGUGAGAUGAUUCUUGUCGAUGAAAAGCAGAGAUCAUGGUCAGUGUGGCUUGGGCAAAUGGAAAACCACUUUGGAAUUAAAAGGGGAUGGCCACAGUUCAGAAAAGCAAAUGGUUUUCAAGAAGGAGAUACUUACAAGUUUGAACUCACCAACAAUGGCACAAUACCUAUAAUUCAUACGAGUAAAUAUUCUGGGAAUUAAAGAUGCCAAUUGCCAAGCAACACAGAAGUCAUUGUAGAUGAUAUGAAGCAUUUGAUGAUGGGCAAAGAAAUUAGCAUGUGUUGUACUUUUGUUUUCAAAGUAUCCUUUUCAUGCAUGAUAGUAAUUAGAUUAUGGUAGCCUUUAGAUCUGUGAAUGAGAAAUGAAGAGAUGUUGUUCCAUACCGGAGGAAGGAGAAGAAUUAGUUUGGAAUAAAUAGAAAAGAACUUCUCUGUAACUUAAUGAGUUGGGAAGAAGGCAAACAUUUUGUCAUCGCUCAGCUUGAAUUCGGAGUUGGAUUAUCUGAUUGAUUGAUUAAUUGUUGGAAUGGUUACACCUUUUCAUCACAAUAAGUCAAUACUUAUUUGAUAGCUAUAUA